AUGUUUUAAAGAAUUGCAGCAACAUUGAUUAGACAACCUAUGUUUUAGUGUUAAAUAAGGAAAUCCUUUAUGUGGGCUCCUGCAUUGUCAAUAUUAACAAAUCAUAAAUUAUUGAUUCAAAAUCUAUCCUAUUUGUAAAGUUAGUUUUAUCAGAUGGAAGAGAGCAAUGACGAAUUAGAGUUGCUGUAAAUGAUAUUCAAUUUAUAAAAGAUAGGAGGAAGUUCCAGUAAGCAGAAUGCAGUGAGACGACUCUCAAACAUCCCUAAACAUUGUGA